AUGGCAGGGUCACAAUUAAAGCAGCUUAAAUCUGCAUUGAAAGAAAAGGGUCUCAUUGGACAAACAAACACAAACAAAAAGAAAGCAGCCAAGUCAAGAACAUCAAGGAGAAACGAAGUUGAUCGGGAUUUACGACAACAAAACUUGAAUGUAGUUCGUGAUCAAUUCAACAAGUUUGACCAAAGGAUAAACAGAACCAAGCAUGAUAUUACAAUAGCUUCAAAAGACGGAUUUGUCAAAGUUGGAUCAAAGCAACAUAAUGCAGUCACCGCCAAGAAUGGGGCCAUGCAGAAACAGAUGAAGAUGCAGUAUGAUUUGGAGAAAGAGAAACGUGGGAAAACUGGUGGGAUCUUGGAUAAGCGGUUUGGUGAGAAUGAUGCUCAUUUGACCCAGGAGGAGAAGAUGUUGGCGAGAUUCACUAAAGAAAGACAAGCUGCAGCAAGUGGGAGCAGGAAGAAGGGUUUGUACUCAUUGCAAAGUGAUGAUGAGGAUGAAGAUGACUUUGAGGAUGGCGGUUUCCAAUUAACCCACUCUGGCCAAGCAUUGUCUUUAGAUGAUGAGGAGACGAUAAAAUAUGUCGACGAAGUACAAGGGGAAGAAGACGAAGAAGCUCCACCUCGCAAGAAAUCCAAGAAUGAAGUCAUGAAGGAAAUCAUUGCCAAAUCAAAAUACUACAAACAACAACGUCAACAAACAUUUGCCAAAGCUCAGGAUCAGAUUGAUGCAUUGGAUGAUGACUUUGGUGAUAUAAUGCAAGAUUUGAGGUCAACUCAAGUUGCUAAACCACAGUUUCUGCAAAAGGCACCUGAAGAUAUUGAAUAUGAUAACAAGGUACGCGAGUUGACUUAUGAUAGACGUGCUGCUCCUGCAGACAGAACCAAAACUGAUGAGGAGUUGAGGCGCGAGCAUGAGGAAAAGAUGAAGAAGUUGGAGCAGGAUAGAUUGAAGAGAAUGGAAGGGUUUAAUGAUCGUGAAGUAGAGGCAGACGAUUUGGAUGGGGAGGAGUUUUGGGGAGGAGAUAGUGACGAUGAAGGGAAUGGCUUUAGUAUAAGGAGCGAUGGUGAGGAACCCAUUGUGGAAGAGAGCAAUGAAGAAGGAGAGAACAUAGCAAAAUCGAGGACAUCAAACAACCUGCCAGCAGUUUUAAUGCCUACAUCAUUGGAGGACUUUAUCAACCAAAUAAACUCAGUUGAGAUUGACCAACAAGCCAGUCACAUAAGGAAAAUCUGCGACGCUUACAAACCCAAUUUGGCAAUGGGAAACAAGGAAAAAAUGAACCAAUUUGUAAGCAUUCUAUUUGAGUAUGUUUUACAUUUGGCCGAUACAUUCCAACCAUUUGAACCAGUUGUCAAGAUUUUGAAAAAUUUGGCAAAUACAUAUAAUCAGGAGUUGGUGGAACGCAUGAGAGGUUAUCUUUCCGAUAUUGAAACUAGAAGCGGUGGAGAAACCAAGCUAAAACCUAGUGAUUUAAUGUAUUUUGUCAUUGUUGCUUUGCUUUUCUCCACCUCGGACCAUUAUCAUUUGAUUGUGACUCCCAGUGUGAUUCUUAUGAACCAAAUCUUGAGUAAUAUCAUUUAUCAUCCGCGUGAUGUGGGACAAUUGGCUCAAGGUGUGUUGCUUGUUGAUGUAUUGUUGCAAUACCAGCGGUUUUCCAAAAGGUAUGAUCCUGAAGUGGUUAAUUUUAUUGAACACCUGAUGAAGAUGUUGGUUCCGGGAGAACUCGACAGUGAGAACCUUUUGUCCAUGGCUGAUCCAUCUGUCAGGUACAAUGUUCUGAAAUCAACCAAAUUCACUCAAGAUCAUGUGUUGUCGAUAAAGGAAAUCUUUGAUGGCAACUUACUGGAGGCUAAACUUAUCAUCAAACUCAUCCAUCUCAUGGACAAGAGCGUCCAACUUUGGCGUGACAAACCAUCACUCAUUGAACUACUCAGCUCAUACAUUGCCAUACUCAAACACAUGAUCAAAUACACCUCAGUCGACCCCAUACCACAACUCCUCACCAAAUUCACCAAUUUACAAACCCAAUCAAUCAAAUCACGCAAACCUCUCACAUUACAACACCACAAAUCCAUUGCCAUUGCCACUCAUGCACCCAAAUUCGAAGAGAAUUUCAACCCCGAUAAGAAAUCCUAUGAUGAGAAUAAGGAUCGUCAAGAGUUGAGUAAAGUGAGACAACAAUUGAAGAAGGAAAAGAAAGCAGCAUUGAAGGAUAUCAGAUACGAGAAUAGAUUUGUUGCUCGUGAACAAAUUGGCGAAAAGAAGAAAAUGUAUGAUGAGUAUCACAGAAAGAUGGCUAAUAUUGUCAACACUAUCCAAGCUGAUGAAGGUGCUGAAAAGAAUCAAUAUGAGAGGGAGAGAAAGAGACAAAGAAAGUGA